GAGAGAGAGACGUGGAGAGACAGGGGAGUGGGAGAGAGACAGGGGAGUGGGAGAGAGACAGGGGAGUGGGAGAGAGACAGGGGAGUGGGAGAGAGACAGGGGAGUGGGAGAGAGACAGGGGAGUGGGAGAGAGACAGGGGAGUGGGAGAGAGACAGGGGAGAGUGGCAGAGAGAGACGUGGAGAGACAGGGGAGUGGGAGAGAGACAGGGGAGAGUGGCAGAGAGAGAGAGAGACGUGGAGAGACAGGGGAGUGGGAGAGUGGACAGGGGAGAGUGGCAGAGAGAGAGAGAGACGUGGAGAGACAGGGGAGUGGGAGAGAGACGGGGAGAGUGGCAGUGAGAGACGGAGACAGGGGAGUGGGAGAGUGGACAGGGGAGUGGGAGAGAGACGGGGAGAGUGGACAGGGGAGUGGGAGAGUGGACAGGGGAGUGGGAGAGAGACGGGGAGAGUGGACAGGGGAGUGGGAGAGUGGACAGGGAAGGGUGCACGGGAGAGUGGCAGAGAUACAGGGGAGUGGGGAGUGGAGUGGGGGAGUGGCAGAGAGAGAGAGACAGGGAGAGAGAGACAGGGAUAGUGGAAGGGAGAGAGACAGGGAGAGACAGGGCGAGAGGAAGGGAAUCAACGGGGGGGGGGGACCCAGGAUCUGAGACCAGGGGACCCCUGAGUAUCCAGCACAAGGGAGCUGGAGAAUAAAACCAAGUGGAGGGGAUAGGAGUCGAGCUGAGACACAGGGACGCAGAACCACCUCCGAUUAGCGCGGUUGGCUACGUACGGUGCGAAAGAAGUUGAGCACACAUCACGUACAUACAGAGGAAUUGUGCACCGAGACCAACGAAACCAGGGAGAGAGAGAGAGAGAGAGGACGAAGGGAGCCAAGAUCCAGAGGGAGAAAGCGAAUCAGUAAUCGAGAGAAACCUUCUGCUUUGGGUGGCUGCCCAGAGCUAAGAGACAACGAGAUUUAGACCAAAGGACCUCAGGUCCAGGAACCAAGACCCAGGGGUAGGGGACCCGGGGAGAGAGGACCAAGGAGGAGGAGAAGAGACGCAAGAAGCAGGUGUUUGGGAGAGAGUAAGGGGAGGAUAUCGUCGUGGACAAUGGGUGCAGGAUUUAGGAUUUACUGGCCAAGAAACGUAGGGAUUUAGGAUCAGGAUUUAGGAUCAGGAUUUAGGAUCCCCAUUGGGACGCCUGCCUCACGACCUCGUGUGAGGAGGGCUCUGGGAAGAGGAGAGAGAUCGGAGUGGCUGCCACGUGGAGGCUGGAUUCAGGGGGUGGAAGUGCGACUUGGCAGGCUGAGGCUUGGGCAGAGAGGAGGGUGGGUGGCGAUGCUGUCCGACCGGGACGAGCCAGAGAGCCUCAGGACGACGUGAAGAGGGUCCCCGGGCCGCCUGAAGCCCCGAGGAGGCAGCGAGUGUGUGGGGCAGUUUGCAUCAUGGAGAGCUACGAGGAGUUUGUAAGCCAAGCCCUGGCCAGGAUCUCCUUCCAAGCGCCGUACGACCCGGUAGAGAGGUGUCUCGGAGAAUGGCAUCCAAAUCCAACGAAAUCGACCGUACAAUUCCUGGGGAUUCCCAUUCUGCCCCCGCUGCUGAGUUCAGAAAGCAGGCAGACCAUGCGGCACCUUCGAGCUUCGGCCCUCGGCGUUCAGAGACGCAAAACGCGCGAUCAGCGGUCGCCCGGGGAGAACGUGUGCAGGUGUUUCAUCUCCGCCAAGGAGAAUGUCAAAUCGCACACGAGUAGCCAUUCAAACGACGUGGCUUGUGCCAAAAACGACGAACGAGCAUCGCACACAGAAGACAGAUUGCACACGCACGUCGAUGAUGAAGAGAAGGAGUCACCUGUGAAGGAAACGUUGCAACAGAGCCACAGAAAACAAAAUAAAGAUGAGCACCACGACACCUCACCCGCUGAGAUCAAACUUAGUUUGAGCCAUGAGGAGUCAAAGGACAGAAGGUUAAAACCCACCCAGGACUCGGCCACCGCACGCAACAGCAACUACAACAAAAGCAGUAGAGGAAACAAAGUCGGCAGCAGCAACAGCAACAUCAGCAGCAGCACCACUGCAAAUUCACAACACAGUUUAAGGCGGCCUCAAACCAUAUCAUUUGCCAAGAACUGGACAUGCGAGCCUGGUCGCUCAAACUCGGAGGAGGGGCCGCCCCCGAACAAGCGCAGUGCCUCGCGCUUGAACUCCAGCUCUAGCAGCAGUGGCUCCAGCAGCUCCUACAGCUGCCUGCCGAGCCCCAAGAUGAGUGCCAGCCCCCCUCAUGCCCUCGCGAGUCGUCCGGGCAAGGGCAAGGCGCCGCACAGAGACCGCUUCUCUCCGCUGAACUGCUCGUACAAUGUGGACGAGCCGUCGCCUGUGCUGCUAGCCAGCCGCUUGCGGGAGGUGGCGGGCGAUGGAGAAUUGGGGCGGCCCAGCUCCUGCCAAUCUUGCUCGGAUGCAGAGGUGAAACGCAGGCUGGAGUUUGGCGGCAAUGAUGGUAAUGGUAUCGGUGGUGGCCGGUCGCCAGUGACCCAACACAGCAAUGGGAAUGCACGCGCCCCGCCAACGCAAAUAACGCCCAGAUCAGAGAAGGUCACGUGCACUGCGACCCCACCGUGGCAGCAGGAAUCGCCGGGCGCGUGGCCUCACUCGCAGGGAGACCCCACGCACUCCUCGGCGAGGCUGGAGCCUCCUCCGACCUUCAGGGCCCUCCUGGCCAGGGCCGCCGACAGCCCCGGCUUGCGCCGAGCGAUUGAGGUCGUCACGGCCGUCGGGAAAGGAUUCCUGACGCGGAGACUCAUGCGGACAGAGAAGCUGCAGCACCUGAAGCAGACCGUGCUGGAUACGACGCAACUUCUGCAGUCGGUGCAGAGGGAAAGCCGGAUGAAGAACGGCAUCCUCUCCUCCCAAGACGUCACCCUGGAAACCAGACUCAAUGCCCAGCUCCGAGCAGCACUCAUGGACAUACACGAGAUCUUCCACGGCGCUCCUGGGUUCGUGAGAGCGCGCAUUUUGCACAGGGACCGUGAGCUGCAGAAGGAGAGGAGGCUCAGGGAAUUGGAAAAGGCCAAAGGUCAACUCAACAAGGGGCCAGCCUCGCAGAGGCCACUCGAGAGAAGCCGCCAACAGACGAAACCUGUUGCGAGCAGACCUACGAAACCCGCCACUGCCAAUCAACAAAAGGUGGUCCGGGGAAGAAGUGGAGAAGGGAGACCAAAGACGGGCAUUUCCAGAAUGCGCAACUUCGUUUACUGAAACUCAUCUCGCACCGCAUACCUCCCUUGAGUCUGGAUACAGACAUUGCGGUAAUAGCGAAGGCACGACACCAUCAGCCUGUUUACAACACAAGACGGCAUAGGUGUAAAUGCAACACAUCUCAAUAUUCUGUACAGAAACAGAGGACAUGUUUUUUAGAGGGAAGAAAAUCGGCCAUAGGCAGAAGAAAAACAAGGCACCGAGCUUGAACUUGAAUGGGGGCAGGCAGUUGAUACCACAAUAAACUUCAGGGAGUUCCAGACGAUGGGCACAACGGAGAGAAUAAGCGACUUCCAACUGAGUGAAUGUUGACUGGGGACUUCGACAGAAAACUUUGACACUCGAACCAUCACCGAGCACCACAGACUGCGUGCCCAUAGGACGUCUACAUGGCUUUAGGCCAGCUGCUCAAAGAGAAUGCACAUUUUGUUGGCCGUGCAGGCCCGUUGCCACGUUCACCUUUCAGCUAAACGAGAGUACUCACUCUCAUGCGGCAAUCCCUCCACGCACACAAACACCGCAUCGGUGAGUUUAACACGUAGGCUUUCGCGAUCAAUAUUAUUCAUGAAGGUUUUUGGGUUAAAUUGCGUAAAUGUCGUAAAUCUUGUCGGUUGACUCUCCAACACAUUAGUGUGUUAAAGUAGCAAUUGGCACGUUUUGUUCAGGUGACAAAGCAUACUAAUUGGCUGUCGGGUGGUGGUGGUUUACCGACACAUUUACGCGGUCUAACCUAAAAACCUUUAUGGACAACAUCGCUUGCGUCAACCUAAAAAAUGCAGAACCUCUGCAGCGCAGCGAGAAUCAACAGACGUUUGUAUUUUCAGCAGCACCAGUAAAUAACAUGGGUAAUACGGGUACAUGUACAUAUUUUGUAUUUUAUUCACACAGCCUCAAUUCGUGUCGAUUCCGUUCGAAGCACCUUCAUCCUUGAGAAUUGCUAUCAUUAUGCAAGGGCACCGUGCCAGUUUCUGAUUCCUUGUAAAGCAACAAAAUGCUGUUGCAUUGUGCCCACCCAAAACUGGAGCGCUGCCUUUAGCUCCAAAGCCAAAAUGUGUGCCUGUUGUGUUUAUCAACUAGAUUACCAUCCCUGAUGUGAACGUAGAUUAAAAAUAAAAAUAUUUAUUACAG